UCCCCUAUUGUCCUCACUGCUCUUGUAUUUAUGUAAGUGCUGCGGACACAAGUAGAGCCAGUUUUCCCAUUCUCUCUCUUACUCAGCUCACAUUCUCUGACUGCAAGAUAUCAUGCACCUCUGCGUGUAUAUCGUGCUCAUAGCUGGACAUCUGGGAUCAGAAGCUGUGGUUAGUGGUUCUUCUGGCAGUGUGGAGAAAAUAUUGCCCCCUGAGAGCUGCACCCAGGUGAAGCUGAAACCUGCUGGAAAGUGCGAAAAUGAAGAGGAGUGCCCCUACCAGAUCACCAUUCCUCCUCUCACCAUCCAGCUGCCCAAGCAGUUCCAGCUACUGAAGAAGGCCAUGACGGAGCUACAGAGCAUGAAGGAGACCGUGAAGCAACUGAAGAGUGCCUGUCUAAGCUGCAGCUUUCAAAGGGACAGUAUAGGGACACAACACAGAGGAGACGGUGGAACAACAGCACCCAGAAAUGAGAGUUCAAGCAAUGCCAUCCAAGAGAUGCAAGUGAAGAUGAACAAGAUGUCCAACAGCCUGAAGAACGCUCAUACACAGAUUAAAGACCUGCAGGGACAAGUGGAGGUGCUCAGCCCCCUUACGGAAAUAGUUAAGGAAAUAGGGGACAAAAAGGUAGAAAACAUCAGUGAAAAAAUCACCAAGUUCAACAGCAACUGCUUGACCGAGUGCCCUUUAGUAAAUGCACCAAUACACAUUAUAGCACCUAGAGACUGCUCAGACUACAGUGUCAUGAAGAAAAUGAAAAAUGGAGUCUAUAAGGUUACCCCUGAUCACAGAAAUGGGACCUUUGAGGUUUUCUGUGACAUGGAGUCCAAUGGUGGUGGCUGGACUGUUGUGCAGAACAGAAUCAACGGCAGUGUGAAUUUCAACCGCACCUGGGCAGAAUAUAAGAAUGGCUUUGGGGACCUGCCUGGAGAGUUUUGGCUUGGAAAUGACCGGAUUCACCUGCUCACCAGGGCCAAGGACAUGGUGUUGCGCAUCGAGCUUGAGGACUUCCAGGGUGUGUGUGAGUAUGCAAAGUACGACCUUUUUUAUGUAGCAAACGAAUACCUUAAAUAUCGCCUGUCCAUAAGCAAAUACACGGGGACUGCUGGUAACGCCCUGCAUAUCGACAAGGACUACAACCAUGAUCAGAUGUUUUUCACUACGUGGGACAGAGACAACGAUAUGUACUUGUCAGGAAACUGUGGUGCUUUCUAUGGAUCUGGCUGGUGGUUCAAUGCCUGUAUGUCGGCUAACCUCAAUGGCAAAUACUACCACAAGAAGUACACAGGGAAGCGAGAUGGCAUUUUCUGGAGCACAUGGCCCAAUAUGCCCAGGAACAACCUCCUGACCAACACCAGGCAAUCAUUCAAAACUGUCAAGAUGAUGAUUAGGCCAAAGAAUUAUGCCCCAUAAGUUAAUAAGCGCAUUAACUUAUGCGUGGACAGUAAGAUAUUGAAGCAUGUUGAAAAUACAGGAUUUUAUUUUUAUUAUUAAUUUUUAAAAAUGAGAAAUGAACAGAACAGUGUGCAAAUGUUUUUAAAAAUCCAGUUUAAUGUACAAACGUCUUCUUCUUGACUAAUACUGCCAUCUACUGAAGGUGCUUUGCAAUGUAGGUUAAUAAAUCUAGGGUUAAUAGAAAUUAUAGAACAUUUCUUGUAUUGCUGUAGGUAAAAUCCCAAACAGCCUUGAUGAUUUUU